UGUCAACCGAUUGCCGUUUUUCAUUUUUGGCCACCGAGUUCGGAAUAUGAGUGAUACGCGUGAGCAGAUUCUGGAGCAAAUCAAAGUGCAAGGCGAUCUCGUCCGUCAGUUGAAAGCAGCGAAGGAGUCAAAGGAGAAGAUUUGCGACGCGGAGUACCAGCCCAGUCAAGAUCGGUGUCAGCAUAGGGAUCGGGCGGCGGAGGAGCAGCGCCGAGGAGCAGAGGGCGGUGCCAUCUGAAACGGUGGCCAGCAUGCCGGAGACGCUGCCCGCAACUGCGACGGUGACGGCGUCGAGCAUCGACUGCACCGUGGCGGUGCUAAAGGUGCCCACGCCCACCCUACAGCUGCCGGAGGUGUGCAAUCUGCAGAGCCUGGGCCUCAUCAUGGAGCCCAACAACAUCAACAUCGAGCUUAAUCCCGCCGCCCUCGUCACGCCCGCCAUGGAACCAGUGGGAUUUAAGAUGAUGACUAUGGACAUUACCAAAACCGAACCCGGACUCGUCGGGCUUUCCUCCAACCAACAGCAGCAGCAAUCGCAGCAAACCAACGCCGGCAUGAACAGCGGUGGCCAGAACAACGGCCCAAAUCCCAAUGGCAAUGGGAACGUGGUCAAUGUGGUCAACUCUGGCGGUGCCGGUGGCGGCAACAAUGGCAACGGGAAUGUCCAGAGCAUCGCUGCCGCUGCCAACAAUAAUAACAAUAACAACAAUAACGGCAGCCAAUUGUGCGCCGGCUGUGGCAAGCACAUCCAGGACCGCUACCUCCUCCGCGCCCUGGACAUGCUGUGGCACGAGGACUGCCUCAAGUGCGGCUGCUGCGACUGCCGCCUGGGCGAGGUGGGCUCCACGCUCUACACCAAGGGCAACCUGAUGCUCUGCAAGCGGGACUACUUGAGAUUGUUCGGCAACACGGGCUACUGCGCCGCCUGCAGCAAGGUGAUCCCAGCAUUCGAGAUGGUGAUGCGUGCCCGGACCAAUGUAUACCAUCUGGAGUGCUUCGCCUGUCAACAGUGUAACCACAGAUUCUGUGUGGGCGACCGCUUCUACCUGUGCGAGAACAAGAUACUCUGCGAGUAUGACUACGAGGAACGCCUGGUCUUCGCCUCGAUGGCCAAUCAUCCGAUGCUGAAGCGACACGUCUCCUCCUUGGGCCAGGGCUCACCGACGGGUGCGGCCGGGGCGCAGAAUACCGCUGGCGGAUUGCUGGGCGGCGGACCCGGUGGCGGCAAUGUGAAUGGCGUGGGCAUGGUCAACGGACCGCGCACUCCUGGCGAUCACAAUAACAACAACAAUGGCCCACAGACACCAACCGGCGGUGGGUCACCGUUUGCCGCAGCUGCUGCUGCCGCCGCCGCCGCUGCCCAUAUGAAGAAUCAACUGGGAGCGUCCAGCUAAAAUAAAGCCCUGGGCAUGGGCGCCGCUGGGGCUAUUGUGCCGGGAUCUGGAGUCGGCGCUGGAGUUGGAGUCGGAGCGGCGAGUCAGCAAUUCUACUCGGGCUUCGGGCUGCAGCAUCAGCACCAGCACCAGCAUCAGCAUCAGCAGCAUCACCAACAGCAGCAGCAACAGCAACAGCUCAUGGGAUUGGGCCUGGGAAUGGGCGGUGGUGGAGGAGUAGGAGGAGUAGGAGGAGCAGGUUCCGCCGGUGGACCAGGUGGAGGAGCAGGUGGCGGAGGCGUUGGCAGCAUCGGAAGCGGCUGCAAGCGCUACCAAAGAAAGUUCUACAACCGCAACUGAGGAAAUCGACGGGGGAGAAAACGCUAGCGGAAAGGAUACAGAAAUCCAGAAUCGAUAUUCAAAUCUUCGUUUGCUUUGACUGAGUUCAAGUUUUAUAGUUUUAAAGGCCUAGUUUAGUUAGCCUACACAAAAGUACUUGCUGAAUUCGCAGACAUUUUUGGAUCCUAACAUUUAAGAGACAAUAUCUUUACUUAGUUCUAUUCGAGAAUGGUCCCCCAUUUGUUUUUAAACAAGUUUUUUUUUUUAAUUUUAUUUUCGUUUGCACUAAGACCUGUACAUAUUUUCCUUGUAUACUGUUGACUUAUUAGCGCGAUCCGUUUUUUUUUUUAACAUACUCCACCAUAUAGAUAUAUUCGUAUUUAUCUAUGUAUAUGCAUAAAUAAUUUUAUUUUCACGCUUGAAGCGUGCGGUGCCAAAACAAAUUCAAAGCAGUGCCAAAAAGUAAAAAAAUAAACGAAGGACUAAACUGAUGAAUGUGAAGUGUAAAACAGAGGCGGCUGAAGGAGAAACGAAACGGCUUUGUUGUGGACCUGCGAAAUCGAGAGAGUUAAACAUCCCCACCGAUCAAUGUUCGAUUUUCCAUGUGUCCUGGCAAUCCGAAGGAGCCGCAGGAUCGUAGAGUAGAGGUAGAAUGAAGUGGUAGCUGAAGAGGUAGAGAUAGAGAGAGAGAGGGCAAUUGGCAAAAGUGAACUUUGAUGUGUAAAUAUUGAGACAUUCUGCACACGACUUAAGCACACAUGAUUUUUGUUCUGAUUCCAUUUUAAGUCUGUUGGAGCAACGUUGUUGAUUAUUAUUUAAGUUUAGUUUAGUGCGAGGCUAAAGAAUGUUCUUUCCACGGCGAACGUUGUAUAGAAGUAGCUAGAGCUGGAUGAUGGAUUCAUUAAGGAUGGAUUCAUUGAUGAUGGCCAGAUGGUGAUCCAGAUGAUCCAGCGUUAGAUGUAAAGCGCCUAAGAUAGGUCGAUGUAAAGUUAAGGAUUUGUGUGCGUGCGUGUGUAUAUCUAUAACCAAGCGAACUAGUUACAAUAUGGGUGUAUUUAUUAAUCUUUUUUUUUUUUGCGCAAUCUAAUGUAACACUAAUCAAUAUGCGUAAUUAGCGUUCGAAAGGAGCUAGCAAAUAUACUAAGUACGGGAGAAACCAAAGUGUGUGUAUAAGCAUCAGUCUAUCUACGAGCGAUAAACAAUACUACCUAUCUAUCGAAUUACCGAAACUAUGUUAAAUAUCGUAAUAAUCUAAUAAUCGGCAAUAAGUAAGAGCGAUUACCCAAUAUUUUUUUUGUAUUGUAUUGUUAGAGAGCAGGCAUAAAGUUAAAUCAAAAAUAUCUAAAGUGUAAGAUAAACCCGCUUAGACUUAUAUAUACGUGCAUAUACAUUAAAAACAUAAAAAAAGAAGAAACACAACCCAUAAUCCAAGUUUUUGGACAGCAACCAAUAAUAUUAAUUAAAGCAGCCAGAAAUGAGAUUGCAAAUGAAA